GCAAACUCAAUGGGCGUGCCCUGGUAUUAGCACUGCGCAAGCAGGAAGAAGGACCCAGUGCGUUCCUAGCUUUUAUAUACUAUCUAUGGUUCCUAGACUUGAGACUGCACGCAACAUAAAUAUCUACGAAAAGGCAUCAUGGUGAACUGCUGUGGUCUACUUACUGCCACCAAGGAACCAGUUCCUCUGAAGAGCGUCGAUGUGGAGGUCACGGUGCGAGAUCACGUGGCGACGGUCGCCGCCACCCUGCUGUAUGAGAACAAAGAGCGGAGCCCCAUCGAGGCCGUCUUCGUCUUCCCGUUGCCCGGCGAUGCCGCCGUCUGCCAUUUCAGCGCCAAGAUCGGCCAGUCGGAGGUGGUCGCCGAAGUGCGGGAGAAGCAGAAGGCUCGCGAGGAGUAUGACGACGCGCUCACCAGGGGCCAGCAGGCCUUCCUAUUGGAGGAGAGCGAGAAGAGCCCGGACGUGUUCUCCCUGAGCGUGGGCAGUCUGCCUCGGGAGAGCGCCUCCAUCAGGCUGGAGUACGUCACUGAGCUCGCAGUCCAGGCUGACGACGGCCUGAGAUUCUGCCUGCCUGCCGUGCUAAACCCACGCUAUCAGCCUUUGGGCAGUGAUGGCGGUGCUGGGACCAUCAGCUUCGGCCCUGGCACCUCUGUACCAGCCAGUCUGGUGCCCUACAGUCUGUCUCUCUGUGCCAGUGUCUGUUCUCCACGGCCCAUCACUAAAGUAGAAUCCAACUGCUCCCUGGACCCGGUGCAGUACCUCAACCAACAGCAGACCCAGGCCGCAGUAAAGCUGGCUGCGGGGCAUAAGUUUGACCGGGAUGUAGAGCUGCUGUUGUAUUACAAAGACUCCCACCUGCCUACGGCUGUGGUGGAGGCGGGCUGUGCGUCUGCUAAGCCUGGUUCUCUGAUGGGCGACCCGGUGGUCAUGGUCAGCCUCUACCCCGAGUUCCCGCCGGCGGUGAUGUCAUUAAUGACCAAGUCUGGGGAGUUCCUGUUUGUGAUCGAUCGUUCUGGAAGCAUGAGUUCGCCCAUGAGUAAUGCAGAUAGCAGUCAGAUUCGCAUUGAUAGUGCCAAGGAAACACUGCUUCUCCUGUUGAAGAGCCUUCCGAUUGGCUGCUAUUUCAACAUCUACAGCUUUGGUUCCAGUUAUACCCACAUCUUCCCGCAGAGUGUAGUUUACAGCCAGCAGACAAUGGAUGAAGCUCUGAAGGUGAUUGAGGACCUGCGGGCCGACAUGGGAGGAACAGAAAUUCUUGAACCACUUAAGCAUAUCUUCAAGCAACCCUGCAUCCCCAGUCAGCCAAGACAACUGUUUGUCUUUACUGACGGCGAGGUGUCUAACACCAAGGCAGUGAUAGAUGUGGUGAAGAGGAAUUCUGGUUCUCACAGGUGUUUCUCUUUUGGUAUUGGCGGGGGAGCCAGUACGGCCCUCAUCAACGGGUUGGCCAAAGAAGGACGGGGCCACGCCCAGUUCAUCGUCGGUGCUGACAGAAUGCAGUCCAAAGUGAUGCAGUCACUGCGCUUUGCUCUGCAACCGGCUGUGGUGGACAUCUCUGUCACAUGGGAUGUACCUGCCGGUGUGUCAGUCACUACACUUACUCCGCCCAUCACAAACCUCUUCCAGGGUCAGAGGUCAUUGAUCUAUGCCCAGCUCACUGGAGAGAGCUCUGGGGAUGCAGAGGGCUGUGUGACAGUGAAAUAUAGCCUGGCAGAACAUCCUACUCAGAAUCAGCUGAAUUUCAGCCUCAAGCCGACAGAGGACACAGGGUUGACUGCCCACCGACUGGGGGCUCGGACCCUGAUUCGCUCUCUGGAGGUGGAGGCAAACGAACCCGGUGACCUUAGCGACCAAGUCAAGGCAAAGGAAAAGGUGGUCGAAGUCAGUGUCCAAUCAGGAGUGAGCAGCUCCCUUACCGCCUUCAUCGCCGUGAACAAGGGCAACGGGGAGGCUUUACAAGGGCCUCUUCUGCGCAGAAAUGUGCCGGCACCGAGGAUGAAGAUGGGCUGGAUGUCGGCGCAAAUGGCGCAACAGGGGCAAAUGCAAAUGCAAAUGCCAAUGGCAAUGGCAAUGCCAAUUUCAAGAUGUGGUUCGCCCAUGCCUCUUUUUGCAAACCGUUCAAAUAUCAUGGCGUACAGUCUUUCUGCGGGAAUGGUAGAAAUGGAUUCCGCUGAUUAUGAGGAUCCACAAGAUCUGGCUAUCCCGGCUCCAAGGGACCCCAUGCUACAGCUGAUCUCCCUCCAGAGGGCCUCUGGCUCCUGGCUACUGGAGUCCGCUCUGGCUGCCGUAUUUCGAAGGACCCUCAAGGAUGUGGAGAGUGCAACGCCUGUGUCGGUGAGCCCAGAAGUGUGGGCUACAGUUCUGGCUGUGAUCUGGCUCCAUGGCUUCAACAAUGAUGCUCAGGAGGAGUGGGAGUUUCUGGCAAUGAAGGCCGUGUCAUGGCUGCAUGGGGAAAAAGUGCCCGGCAUGACAGAGUGCGUAGAAGCAGGGAAUGUCCUGCUGGGAUGCCAGGUGCAGGAGUCUUCCAUGGGAAUGUGAGUGGUUCAGGGUGUCAGCAGGGCAGUGUGCCUGUUCUGUGGUUCACCGUCAGCUGGGGGAUAGUACACUUUUCAGGUCCUUCCCAGAGCUGUUGCUUGUCCUAAUGGCCUUUGAUUAUUUGUGCCUUUGUGAUUGUCUGCACUGGAGGUAUUCUUCCAGGAUAAGCCAUGUAACCCAAUCCACAAUGCGUGCUUUAAAGAUAAUAAUAUUAAAUUACAUUAUUCAUUUUAUCUUACAUUUUCCAACGGCUACAUGUAGCAGCCUACCUGUGUUUGGCAGGCUACCAAACCUGUGUUUUUUGCCCGAGUUAUUUGUAAUUUGGUGCCUGAAACAAAUGCUAACAAAAUGUGCUGUAAUUGGUAUCAACUGUUAUUUUUAUUUUAUAUUUUGCUUUAAUACAAGACAAAUGGCUUCCGUCCUCAUUUGUUUUCAUUACAAAUAGUCAUGGUGAUAUAAUAAACUCUACCAUAAAAGUGUGUGUGUUACCAUAAAAGUAAGACUAUCAUUUUAGAAUAUGAGUGUUUUUUCUAUUGUAGUGAACAUAGGAACCCUAUUGUAAUCAUUAGUAUUAGUACUUUCCUGACUUUUUGGCUCCAAAAGUUAUAAAAAAAAAAAGGCAGACUUG